AUGACCCCUCGCUUUCCAUAUGACGAGAAUGAGCACGCUGCUUCCAAACAAACCAUCCAAGAUGCGUUGAAAGUGAUGCACAAUGAAAUCCCUUUUCAGUGGGUUGGAGAAGACGGCAGCUCUCUGCUUGGAUGUUACGCAUCAUUGAGCUAUAGCCCAGCAUUUGUCAGUCAAUUCUUCGAAGUCGCCAAGACACUGUAUGCACCCGGCACUGUCAAGCCUCGCAAUAGAGAAUUGGCCAUUCUUGGUCUCUCCUCCGUGCUGGAAGUGCCCUAUAUAACCUACUGCCAUCGCAAGAUCGGCUCAAAGUGCGGCCUUUCUCAUGAGCAAUUUGAGGACGCCCUGGCUGGCAAAGUCCCCGCAGAUCUGUCCGCCGAAGAGGCAAUGGCGUAUCGCCUCGGUCAAAUCCUAACAGACCUCAAGACGCCACUUGACGAUGCGACGUGGAAAGAAGCCGUGUCGGUAAUGGGAAAGUCUGAGCUUGUUGGCAUUGCACACACUGUUGCUGGUUACAGAUGGGUUGCACUGUUGGAUCAGAUCAAUGGCGACAGUCAGAAAUGGAUCGACAGGGACGCAUAA